AUGGAGGAGGACAUGGAUGCCGUUACAGCACUAUUCAUGACUGGCAAGGGCGGAGGAGGACAUCUUGCAGCCGCCCAAGCGCUGCAAAGCUGCGUUUUAGACAACGAAGACUCGAUCAUCGAGUGCGUGGAGCUGGUGGAUGCCGGCGGUUUGGCGGAGCUGGCAGUGUCGGAGGCGCUGCCUAGCGGCGAUGAUAUCUACAACUACUUUAUGCAGAUCGGUUACUACACAGCUGCAGGCAUGCUGGGCCAAGUCGCAUCCUGGGGUGUGAAGUGGAACCAGGCAGCCAUCGAGGAAGUCUUUGAGGAGUACUGGUGCGUGAAGCGGCCAGCCAUCGUCGUCUCCUUCGUUCCUUUUCUGAACGCUGCGAUGAGAGCCUCGCUGCAGCGGGUGAUGCCGUCCUGCCGCUUCCUGACCGUUGUCACGGACUUCGCGCAUUGUCGCGAGCACCCCUGGCUGGAGCCCUAUGAGAAGAGCUGCGGCCAGUUUCUGGUUCUGGGCACGGAGCUCCUGAGAAAGCAGGCGCUGCAGCUGGGAUGGCCAGAGCACCAGCUGCUCCGAAGCUCCGGCAUGGUCAUCCAUCCCAGCUUCUAUGAGCGACUCGAGAAGCCCCUGAAAACCGCCAAGCCAAAGCUGCUGGUGGCCUUUGGUGGCUACGCGCCCUCGCGCGUGGCACAGAUCGCCUGGAAGUGCGCAGAGACGCACCCGGAAGUGGAUCUCAUCAUCAUUUGUGGCAAGAAUCAGGAGCUCUACGUGCAGCUCCAGGAUUUCUUGGAAGUCGCGGACGGCCGACACGUCGUGGAGGGCUUCAUCUCCUCGGAGAAGGUAAGGGACUACAUGCGCCAGGCCAUUUGUGUCCUAGGCAAGGCGGGCCCUGGCGUGUGCGCGGAGGCCUGCGCCUGUCAAGUGCCGCUAGCGGUGUUGCAGUGGCUCCAAGAGAGCUGCUGUGGCCUGGUGGUCGACUCUCUGGAGCAACUCCCGGCGGACUUGGCUGAGCAGGCAGCUGCCUGUCGUCAAGCCCUGACAAAGCUGCCGCCCAAUGACGCAGUCUUUGAGGUGGCCGACUUCUUGCAGCAGCUCAUGUCAGAGCCAGGCCCGGAGCCUGUCCAUGUUAAUGCUGACGCCAGGGAUUGA